CCUCAAACACUGUCUAGGUCUCUAUGAAUCUGUCUAUAUUUUUGAAAAUGUACAUGAAUUUGACAUCAACAUAGACUUACUAAUCCUAAAAUAAAAAUCUGAGCAUUUCCGUCCACAUUAGCAUUUUAAAGGUAAAUUGGGUGUAAAAAAAAAGAGUAAGAAGAAGAAGAAAUUGGGUAAAGAGAUGGAAAAAUAGAGAGCAAGAGAAUAGGAAAUAGAGAAAGAAAGGGGGUAGGUGUGAGAUUUGACCAAACUACCACAUAAGGAGAGAGUAAGAAGAAGCCAGCCAGCCAUCCACAAGCCCACCCAUCAUCCUCCAAUCCCAUUUUCUGAAACUUCCUAACACUUACCCCUCCUCUUUCCUCUUCAUCCACUUUCUUCCUCUUCAGUCUUCACAAUAUAUAAAAACCCAACCAACCCCCUUCCAUUCCCAAAUCAGGCAGAGCUCCCCCCUCUUCCAUUUCCAGCACACCACAGAGGAACCUAAAGCAGAAGCAGAAGCAGAAGCAGAAGCAGAAGCAGAAGCACAGCUUCUCUUCAAACCCAUAUCAUCCAUUUCUCAAACAAACCCAAAUCCCCAAAUCCCCAAAUCCCCAUCAUGCAUUUGCAAUCCCUCACCCCUUCCUCUUCCCAUUAUUACUUCAUCAAACCCAUUUCCCACUUCCCCACCCCCACCUCCCGCUCCUUCCGCAUCCAAUGCGCCUACCGCUACGACCCCAUCACCUACCCCAACGCCGUUGGCCCCUCCCGCGCCGACUGGCAAAGCUCCUGCGCCAUCCUCUCCAGCCAAUCCCAACUCCUCUCCCAAGACGACCCAUCUUCCCCUGCUUCUGAUCACUUAGUCUCCUCUGUCAAUGGCCACAACUCCACCAUUGAGAAUCUCAACCUUGUCCCCAUCACUAACCUCUCUGACUCCACCGCUCUCAAACCCCAACCCAAACCCCUCACCAUCACCGACCUCGCUCCCGCCCCCAUGCACGGCUCCAACCUCCGCGUCGCUUACCAAGGCGUCCCUGGCGCCUACUCCGAAGCCGCUGCUGGUAAAGCUUACCCUAACUGCGACGCCAUCCCUUGCGACCAAUUCGAAGUCGCCUUCCAAUCUGUUGAGCUCUGGAUCGCCGAUCGCGCUGUUCUCCCUGUUGAGAAUUCCCUUGGCGGUUCCAUUCAUAGAAACUACGAUCUCCUCCUCCGUCAUAAGCUUCACAUCGUUGGAGAAGUUCAAUUACCUGUUCAUCACUGUCUUCUUGCUCUACCUGGAGUCCGAAAAGAGUAUCUAACUCGCGUCAUUUCUCAUCCUCAAGCCCUAGCUCAAUGCGAACACACUCUCACCAAACUCGGCCUUAACGUCACACGCGAGGCCGUCGAUGAUACUGCCGGCGCUGCGGAGUUCGUUGCGAUUAAUAACCUCCGCGAUACGGCGGCAAUCGCUAGCGCCAGAGCGGCGGAGCUCUACGGUCUCGAUAUCUUGGCUAAUGGAAUCCAGGAUGAUUCCGGUAAUGUGACGAGAUUUGUGAUGUUAGCGAGGGAACCGAUCAUUCCUCGAACCGAUCGGCCGUUCAAGACAAGUAUCGUGUUCGCUCAUGAGAAGGGGACGUCGGUUCUGUUCAAGGUGCUGUCGGCUUUCGCUUUCAGGAAUAUCAGCUUGACGAAGAUCGAAUCGCGGCCGCACCGGAGCCACCCGAUUAGGGUGGUGGACGGCGCCGAUGCCGGAACGGCGAAGCAUUUUGAGUAUCUGUUUUAUGUGGAUUUUGAAGCUUCCAUGGCGGAGCCUAGGGCUCAGAACGCACUGGCGGAGGUUCAGGAAUUCACUUCUUUCCUUAGGGUGUUGGGUAGUUAUCCCAUGGAUAUGACCCCAUGGAGUCCUUCUCGUGAGGAUUAGAAUUUUUUUUUUCCUUUUUUGUCAUUGUUUAAUUAUCCACCGUUGAUUUGUUUUCUUAUUUUUUGGAUCACCAAAAACAGAGAUUUUAUAAAAUUGUAAUAUUCAAAAUUUCUAUACUCUCUCUCUUUGAAUU